GCUCGCUCGUGCGCCACGUGCAUGCACUUACACAGUCAGAUCCACACAUUGCAAGCUACUUUAUCCACGGGAUGAUCCUCGGUGUAAUCCUCUCUCUGAUCCAUCCAAGCCUGCCCUGCAGCUCUAUAAAUGCCGUACCGGUGCUCACUCGCUGAACCAGCAGUACAGGAAGCACAAGAAAGCCACUUCUAGCCAUCAACAACGACUUCUUCUUCACCAUCAUCGUCACCUAACUCAGACAGUGAGCGGAGUACCUUGUUGCUUUAGUUUUUCACAAUUUUCUUGUACACAUAUAGGUACAUGUUUUAACUGUCCAAGGCAUCGAUCGAUCCGCAGGUAUUAGCGACUGAAGAAGAAGAAGAUGAGCUCCUCCGCGGAACCAGCUGUGUGCGGCGGCGGCGGCAAGAUCACGUCGUGGCCGGAGGUGGUGGGGAUGAGCAUAGAGGAGGCCAAGAAGGUGAUCCUCAAAGACAAGCCCGACGCCGACAUCCAGGUGCUGCCGGUCGGCACGCCGGUGACCAAGGAUUUCCGCCCCAACCGUGUCCGGAUCUUCGUCAACACCGUCGCCGAGACGCCUCAUGUGGGCUAGCUUAGCUGCUCAUAGCUGUUGCUCAGAGCAUGAUGCUGCGUGCCAAAUAAAGCCAUCUUCAGUUUGAAUAAUAAUGGAUGUGUGUUCUUUCCCUAUAAAUCAAAUAAAUAAGCAAGGGAUGUGUGAAA